AUCCAACUGGCGCAAAUGGGCUACGGGAGGCUCUAUCCACCAGCGGGUUUGGCAUGAAAGCUUUUCCGACGCGUAAACAAGUAGGAGAAGGGGAAAAGAGGACACCGCUGCUUUACGACUUCAUCCAAAUUCACUUCAAAUAAACGCACUCCAACUUGGUCAGCCUUCUUAACUCUCUUCUUACGAAGUGGACAGAGAAAAUAUAUACAUAUAUAUUUUGGAAUAGAAACUGUGCUCCUGCUCUUGGGAUCAUUUGUAGCUUUCUUCGUUUAUUUCCAUCGCAAUCUUGAUGCAUGUAAAGCAUGCUGGAAGCAAGUUAAAAAAAAAAAAAAAAGAUUGCACCCUUCAAAUAAAACACGUGUGUUACCCUAUUGAGAUGGAAUUAUGAACGGACGCUGAGGAAACUCCGGGGAGGAAUUUAAAUCUCAAUUUGGUGCGCAAUUUGUGCGGCUGAAGAACUUGCAAUCCUUAUUAGUAUUUUCGUUAUUUUUUUUCUUUUUCCCAUGGAGUAGGCUUGAAUGCCAGGUAUUGACUUUGACAGGUACAUAUUAAUGUGAAAAAAAUAAUAAAAUAAAGUGGGUUUAUUCUCUGACGCCCGGAAAAGACGGAUCUGAUGCGCACCUUCUCCGUGGGAUGGUAAAUGACCGAUGGGGAAUCAUGAAUACCUCUUCUGAACUCGAAGAUGGAACUCGGCAUAAAAACCAGACGUUCUGUGAAUGUGUGCCCAGCUCCUCUCAACUCAAACAUCGCUGGUCAGACUCAGAAACCGCCAGGGAGACUCCGGCCAAGAGGAUGAGCUGCAGCUACCUGCUCUGCACCAUCCUGCUCUUCGUGGCCGUUCUGUUGGCCGUCACCGUAACUGGCACCAUCCUUUUCAUGAACCACUACCAGGCCCCGCCCAUGUCUGACGGCCUACCCCACAUUUCCACCAAUCAGGAUGAAGCAAACGCCCUGGUCACCGUGGAGAGGGGCGACGGAUCUCGUAUCAACAUCUUCAUUGACCCCAACUGUCCCGACUAUAACAGCAACUUCAUGCGGCUGGAGGGUGUGCAGACCUCACUGCUCCACUCGCUGACUGACCACGACUCUGACCUGAAGUCGGUCAAAGGUCAGGACAGGGCCCUGCUGGUCAGUCUGGCCGAGGAGGUGGCCAAGCUGUCAGCCCAUGCAGGACAGCUGAAAAUGGACUAUGAGUCUCUGCGCCGGGGGCAGAGCAGUCUUGGUCAGGACCUGAAUACUCUACAGACAGAACAAGGACGCCUCAUACAGCUGCUGUCGGACAGCCAGAUCAACAUGGUGAAGGUGGUGAACUCCGUCAGCGAUGCUCUCAAUGCCAUGCAGAAGGAAAACGUGGGACUGAAGGCUCGGGUCAAGGCCGAUCUACAAAGAGCGCCGGUUCGAGGCGCUCGACUCAAGGGCUGUUCCAAUGGCUCUCGCCCCCGCGACUGCGGCGAUCUGUACGCCAGUGGUCAGAGAGAGGACGGCAUCUACUCCGUGUUUCCCGUUCACCACCCUACGGGCUUCCAGGUCUACUGCGACAUGACCACGGACGGAGGAGGAUGGACGGUGAUUCAGCGCAGGGAGGACGGCUCGGUUAACUUCUUCAGGGGAUGGGAGUCAUACCGUGAAGGAUUUGGCAAAAUCACUGGAGAACACUGGCUAGGGUUGAAGCAGAUUCAUGCCCUGUCCAUCCAGGGGAACUAUGAGCUGCGCAUCGACUUGGAGGACUUUGAAAAUAGCACAGCGUACGCCCAUUACGGCACCUUCGGUGUGGGUCUCUUCUCGGUGGACCCUGAUGAUGAUGGAUACCCUUUGACGGUUGGAGACUAUUCUGGCAACGCAGGUGACUCUCUUCUGAAGCACAACGGCAUGAAGUUCACCACCAAAGACAGGGACAACGACCACUCUGAGAACAACUGCGCCUCGUUCUACCACGGCGCCUGGUGGUACCGAAACUGCCACACAUCCAACCUCAACGGCCAGUACCUGCGCGGCCAGCACACCUCCUACGCCGACGGCAUCGAGUGGUCCUCCUGGACCGGCUGGCAGUAUUCCCUCAAGUUCUCGGAGAUGAAGAUCCGUCCCACCCGUGACCCCGACAAUAAAUAAAACUCAUAAAAAGGAGGAAGAGGAGAAGACGAGAUGUUUUUGGAUCAUUCAGAAGAAAUAUAUAUAUAUAAAAAAAAAAAAAAACAUGGUUUUUGACUGAUUGAAUUACGUGUCUUCACAUUGUUUAUUAUUUAAGUUUAGUUGACUGCAGUUGACUCCAUAGCUUCCUCCUUCUUGCUCCCUCAUGUCUGUUACUGCCAUGAUGCUUUCUUUACGGAAGAUUCUAACCAUGAUGCCCGUAGUUUUUAUAUUUUACCUUAUAAAACAGCAAAGUCGAGCCUUGAGCCCACAAUCUACGUUGCUGUCUUUCCUCAGUCUAAAGCUGUGGUCCAAACCCGCUGCAGUAUCAUCAUAUUCUCUUGACUUUGACCCCCCCGCCCCUCCUCAUCCCAAAUCUUUAGGAGCUAUGGUUGGAGAGCGUUCAAUCACAUAUAAUGGAACAAGUCCCUUCCCAAAAUGCAGGCAGAAGAUGCACAUUCUUGGGUUUCAUCUGCGUGAAGGGAAAGCUCACCGGUGCACUUUGAUACAUUUACAUCCCUUAUCUGUGUGAAUGAGACCCAGCAGGGUCGUGGCAAUGAGGCGCCCUUCCUCAAAUAAUGAGGGGGAAAAAGACAGAGAAGAGGAGGAAACGAGCUCACAGGAGUUAAAUUGGCUGAAGGAAAAGGGGGACGGAGUGCAUCAAAGGGGACGAAAGGCAAGCGAGGAGAGCAUGAGGCGGCGUGAAAAGAAUGAAAAACGAGCACAGACAAAGAAAAGAGACAACGGAGGAUCUCGUUCGUCUGACUUGGGCCAUUAGGGAGCAUAUUGGGCACUUUGUCUGAUCUGCCUGCCAGCUGAGUACUGGCCAACCGAUGCAACAUCGCAGAUGGAAACACAGCACUUUUUGUGUCUGUUGCGCGUGUGUAGGUGUGUUUGCGCGGAUGAUCGUGUGUGUGCACGUCUCUGGCUGAAAGACAAACAGACAAAGCUCUCUCUAAGACUCUCAGUUUCCUGUCAGGAAGUCAGAAGAGUGACUGGACUGAGCACAAUGUAAAGCACAUGCAUGGCUGGCACACCUUCGCUCCGUUCACAUACGUGUCAGAAUUAAGAGAAGAAAAGUCGUGUCAGAUCAGGUUUAUAAAGAAAUGGAACGGUUCCACAUUCCCAACUCAUCAGACUGUCCUCUCGUUUUCAGGUGUUCAAUAUGAGAUUUUUUUUCCAAAUUUAUUUUGCGAGUGUAGCUGGUUUUCUGCCGUCAUGCAAACGUAGAAAAAAAUUGAUUAUCAAAGGGAAAAAAAUCUUUUCCUAUUGGCUGUUUUUUUCUUUCUUUUUUUUUUGAGUUCAAGUUCUUCAGUUUCUCGUGGCAAAAGUCAAAAUUGCCUCAAGCUAGAAUGAAAAACCAGAGAUGGGGGGGGAAAAAAAUACAAAGCCAUCACAUUGGUGAAAAAUUGUGCAAUCGCUGCCCCGUAUUUUUUUUAUUUUUAUUUUCUCUUAAGCACUGUCAAUCCUGUUGAAGCUCUUUUUUGGAUGAUGUAAGAAAGCUUUAAGAUAUCUGUAGAUUCUACUGUACAGCUUGUAUGACUUUCAGAGCAUGUGAAACAUUUCUUACUAUGCGAAAACACAACGAGAGAGCACAUGGACUUUAGAAAAUCCAGCUGUGACAAAGAAAGAACUUUUCCUCCUUCUUCUUCCCCAUGGUUGGCGGUGGGGACUACUGAUCUGAAGGUUGAGCACAAGGAAAGAUGAGGGUUGUGAUUAUCCCUCAAACACAUGCUUUAUUUUUUUCCUUCUUCUUUUGUGAAAGAACAAAGCAAAGGCACGUUUCAAUAUUUGGGAACAUUAGCGGCCUCGCGGGACACUUGCGACCUUUUCUGGAUUCUCUUCUUUUGGACAGCAAGACUGGACUGCACUGGACUUUGAAUGUGCGCUGAGUUUCAUGUGUAGCACCAAGCAAUGUUGCGCUGAAUACCUCCGACGCUGGACCAGCUGUGAGUGUCUCCGGACGCCGCGCCCCGUGCUCUCUGCGGCAAAAUCGGCUGCGUACGGCACGUAAAAAGCUACCCAGUCGCGACUCGGUGGACAGCUGGCCCCUUUUCUUCUUCAUCAAAAGCACAGACACUCGUGUUAUAAAAAAGAAAUAAAUACUGAAAAAAAAAAAAACAGAUGUUAUUAUGGCACAGAGUUUGAGGACUGAUUUUAAGUUUGUAAAAUAAGGCACAUAAAGAGAGGGAACUGGACUGCAAGUGUGAAUGUAAACAAAUAGGCGUGUGUGUGUGUGUGUGUGUGAAUGUUUGUUUCUCUGCGUGACAGAGCGUGUGUGUUUGUGUGCAUUUGUUGUGUGUCUGUGCGUACACAUGAGAAAGAGCAUCUAAGUGAAUUUGAAUAUCCUUGGAAAGUAAAUUUUCUUUCAGUUGUACAAUUUUGAAAGAGAAGAACUCAUAUUUUAUAGAUUUAAUGGCCACAGAGUGAUGUAACGAUGUUUGUGUAUAUUUUGAUCAAAAUGGCUGACGGCUAAUGAAAACCCACAAUUCAAUUUAUCAUAAAACUACAAUAUUACAUAAGACUAAUAAGAAUAUUUAUGUUUGAAAGAAAUUUGGCCCUACUUAAAAGUAUGCCCAUAUUGUACAGUCACAUUCAGUAAGUUAAAAUAUUUUUGAAAAGUAUAUUACUGUAACUCGACCCACUAGUUCGAACACAUUAUUACAUGAUUACACUUAAAGCGAUGUUUCCAUGUCUGUUUCGGUCAGUUAUGUUUUUUUGUUUUGUUUUUUUGACAGGUAAUGAAAACACAUUUGAGACCACAAUAUUACAUCAGACCAAUAAAAAAAUGUUAACACAGAAAUGUGGACCUAAUUAAAAGUAUGUUUUAUACAUCCUUAAAACAUAUUUUCAAAGGGCACUUUUGCUUUUAAUUCAACAAAUCUUAUUGGAAUGCAUAUUAUUAUGAUUUUGUAGCCCGGGGAAUUACUUAGCCUCACAGGACGCAAUAAUGUGCAGUAUAUUUUAUUUUCAGUUGAGACAGAUUAAACAAAGCUGUCUUGUAUCGUACUUUUGUUCAAAAAUCUGAACAUAUGUGCACCAAACAUUAAGUAACUACUGUUGCAAUGUGGCAAUCUCUAAAAUAACAGAGAAAAUGCACAAAAAAAGAAAAUACAAUAUAUAAAAGACAAGAAAAGAAAUACAGCAGUGGCCUCUGGCUGCACAAACAAAACACAGAGAGCUGCAUUACACCACACUGAUUUAGAGCACAUGGAAUUGUAAUAUGACUUAUUUUUAUCAACACUUACAUUCCACAGUAACAUCUCAGUUCACUCUUAAUGCUGGAGCACAUCGAUGUUCAGACAUCUUAUUGUCACGUUCGGGAAAUGGCCGCCCUGCACCGCACAUACAGGUUCCCAUCGAUUUUCUGCCAAAUCUGUCUCCCGCAGAUAAAACACGCACAGUUCACAUCCAAGUUCAACCACGUAGCCUAGCAACACAGGAAGAAAACAAGAUGCAUUUCCUGCCCCGUCUUGGGCAACAGCAAUCACCUUGAAACACUGCUCUCUGGUGGUCAAAAUGUGCAGCACCCGAGACCAACUACCUGCACAUAUUUAAAUGUGAAAAAAAAAACAAUAAAAUGACAUAACUGAACCAAAAUAAUUCAAUAGCAUUGCUACUGUAAUAUAAAAGAAAACCAACACUUUGAAACGGUACACUCAUUCACCCAAAAUUUACCGCCCGGCUACAAUUGUAUCUGCACUCAAUACAUGGCAAGGCCUCUUUUUACAUGAAUUACUGCGUCAAUGCAGCGUGUCAUGCAAUUGAUCGUCCUGUGGUUCUGUUGAGGUUUUAAGCAAGCCAAGGUUCCUUUAAUCUCAGCCUUCAACUUGUCUGUAUUGUUAGCUUAGUGUGUCUUAUCUUCUUCUUGGCGACACUCCAUGAAUCCAGAUGAGUUUGCACAGUGAUGCCGUUGUAAUUAAAGGAGCUGUCGGUCCUUUUGAUGGUUUUAGCAGGUGGGUUAAUCAGGUAUUGGUAAUUGAAUGUGAAAAGGAUUACAAAAUGAUUAUAUGAAAUUAUUACCAACCACAGGCCAACAGCCAAUUUAAAGAAAGGAGAGGGUUUGUUUACUUCUUUCUUCUCUAUUUAAAGAUUAUUAGUGGUAUGCUCAGAACAAACUGGUGCACUUUUUCCUUUCUCACAACUUUCUAUUAAUACGACUGAAAACAACUCUAUUAACAGCCUGUUUAAAAAAAUAAAUAAAUAAAUAACCAUUUAUAUCUUAUGCUUCUGGUGGAGGAUGUCCUUACUGUCUGCUCAACAACUAUCAAUUCAGCAGUCUUUGCCAUUAUUGGGUAGAGAAUAACAUUAUACAUAAUUUAAAAAAAAUAAUAAUUAUUAGUCCUAUGUAACAUUCCAUUGCAAUCAACAAAAUAAACAGAAAUGUCAGACAUUUCAUUGAAUCGUUGAAAUGUACCCCUCUGUGUAAUGAAUCUAUACGAGUUUUUGCUUUUCAAAUUGAAUCGCUGUAACAAAUCAACUUUUCAAUUAUUAUUCUAAUUCACCGCGUUGCACCUGUAGGCACAUGCUUUGGUUUACACAUGCCGAUGUGCAUGAGCCAGACCAGAGACGAGAGCGGGAGGUGGAGUGUGUCCCAGCGUGGCGUAAUGUGACGCUUCUGUCUGACUAGCCUCCCUCUGCUGUUUGUGUUGAUAACAGAGAGAUUUACAUUAUUAUAUUGACCUAUUAGUUAUUGUGAUUGUGAACGCCACCUACUGGUUGCCGUGCUGAACUGCGCCUGUACCUUUGAACCCCCACCCAGCCCCUGUGAACCCGCUCCCCGACACGUUGUGCACACUGUAUAUGUUACUGCUAUGUUCCCCCUUGUUAUUUACAUGUGCAGACAGCUAUUAUUUGCCACGCCCUGAUCUGUUUUUGUUGUGCGAAUGCCUUUAUAGUCACUUUCCCUCUCCGCUAGCUGCUCCUGCAGCUUGCUAAGUCUCCAAUGGAAGAGGAGAUGAAAGAGUGGAAUCAGAAGCUCCAAUCAGUCCAAGUCACCCUGCUCAUUACAGAGCAUCAAUGCGCUCCCCCUGUUGCCCAAACCUUCUAUAUUUCUUAGUGUGUUCCUACUUAAUUGCCUUAGCCUCUGCUGCCAGCCCCACCCUUCCACCCCAUCUCCUAAAUUUUCUGUUUAUUUCCUCCCACCCUCUCUAAUGCUGUGUUUUUUCUCCCGUGCCCACCUCCGUUAUCCAGCCCCCUUUCCCUCCAUCCUCCGUUUCCUUCAUUCCCAGCGCAGAACUAACUAUGUUUUCUCUUUCUGUUUUUUUUUUUUUUUUGGUGACGUAAAAUAGAUUGUUUUUGCUGAAUCUUGAUACUGUGUUUUAAUGUUCUUGUCGACAUUUAAUAAACAUUCACAUUUUAUAAUUGGGGAACAGCAUGUGUUUUCUUUUCAGUCUCUCUUCAUGUCUGUGCCUAUUUGAAUGCAUUUGGGUUUUAGGUUUUUUUUUGUUUGUUUUUUUUUAAACUAAGCUAGCUAGCACAUCUAAAUAAAAUAUUUUUCAAAUAAAAAAAUCUUGAUGGGAAUUUUUGGCGUGAUAAACUUCAACUGGGGUUAAUUAAACUUGUCAAAACCUAAAAAGAAUAUCUCUGUAACUCUUAAUUGUUCAGCUGAACCAUUAAAACUUUCCAAUAAUGUG